CAGGUCUGAGACGCAUUCAAGCUUCAUGUAUAUUCAGUCAAAACAGAAGAACAGAAGAGAGUGCAGAGCUCAGAAUAAAACAACAGGGAAAAUAAGAGGAAAAUUAGGAUUUUAAACAGAUGGCAGGCCUUGGAGGCAUUAAGGAGCUGGUGUUUUUGCUUGGAGUAGUCUCACAGGCAUCAGGCAGCUUGAUGACUGUGAAUGUGUUUACGGUGACGUCAAAGAGUGCAGUGCUGCGCUGGAGCAGAUAUGAUGGUGCGCUGUCCUACAGAGUUACAGCUUCUCUACGCAACUCUCCAGUGCCUCUGGUCUUUGCUAGUUUUGGACAAAACACUGUUCUGGGAUCUGUUAACUCCCUGAACCCCAACACGGCUUACACCUUUCGUGUGGAGGCACUGGAUAGCCUCAUGAACGGACUGGCAGACGCUAAUGUGGAUGGAUCUACAGCUCCGGAUGUGCCGUCCAUCCUGAUGGCCUCCUCCAAAGAGAGUCCCAGUAUCACAGUGGAGUUCACUGAGGUCAGCGGAGCCACUUCAUACAUCCUGCGCGCAGAGACCAGCGACGGCUCUUUCUUCACAGAGAUCCAAGUUUCCAGCUCUCCGGGGACCGUCACCGGCCUGCAGCCAUACACACUCUACAGUCUCAGCGUCAUGUCCGUCAACAGCGCAGGCCGGAGCCAGCCAUCCAUCUCCGUGGAGGCUAAGACAGUCCUCCCUGCACCGCAGCUCAAACCCAGCUCUCCCAGUAACAGCAGCAUCCUGGUGAAGUGGGAUCCGGUGAACAACACUGUGCUCUACAGCCUCAGCAUCAUCAAUGACAUCUCGUACAGUCGCAGUCGCAUCAACACCACCGGCACAGAGCUUCUCUUUCCAGAUCUAGAAGCAGGAACUCGCUAUUGCAUUAAGGGGAAUUCCUGGAGUCCUGAACACAUUGCCGGAGACGACUUCACCAUUUGCCAGAUCACACGUUCUCCAACUCCUCAGUCAGUUGCUGUAGUGGUGACCAGCACCCCUGAGGCUGGUAUAGUUGUGUCCUGGGAUUCUGCCCAGGGUGCAGAGCAGUAUGUGGCCUGGAGCUCGACCGGACACAACUGCUCUUCGUCCACGAACUCCUGCACCCUGAUUCCUCUGAUCUGCGGAGAGACAAAAUCUGUCACAGUGACUGCGGUCAACCAGGCUGGAAGUAGUAUCCCCUCAUACCCAGUGCAGAUCAUUUCAUUCCCUUGUCCCCCGCAGCCCAUUUGGGUGGAGGAGGCAGUGCCCGGUAACUGCUCUGUGAAGUGGAGCUCAGUCCCUCAUGCAGACUACUACACCACCUUUAUUAAGAGCGACGACGGCAUCGAGGGGACGUGCAACUCAACCAAUCCAUUCUGUCAGUUCCACUGCAACUGCGGCUACUCGUACAUCAUGACUGUGUUUGCGCACAACCAUGCUGGAUCCAGUCCUCCAGGACCGCUCCUCAACCACACCACCUUGCCUUGCUGUCCAGAGCUCACCACGGUGUCUGCAGUUUCUUGGGAGACGUUGAUGAUCGAGUGGUCCCCUGUGCGCGGUGCAGAUCUAUAUGAGACGCGUGCUGUAGAUUCAGUGCAGCCGGUUUUGUGUAACGACACGGCUCCCAAAUGUGCCCUUUCUGACCUUGCUUGCAACACCAAUUACAGUGUCGUCGUCAUACCGUGCAAUGACAUAAGUGGCUGCAACCUCACCUGCCGUCCACAAGUGCAUGAAACAGCUCCAUGCAUGCCUGAGAUCACCAGUGUGAGCCAGAGUAACACGUCAGGUGUGUUGAUCACCUGGACUUCAGAUAACACGCUCGCCAACUAUACCGUCACUGUGAUUGGCCAAGUAGGUGACACACACAUCUGUCAGUCAAAUGGUACUUCCUGUCAGGUAACCGACCUGCCCUGUGGCUCCAUCUAUGAAGUCAGCGCCACAGCCAAAACCUCCGCUGGAGAAAGCAUGCCCAGCUACACCGUUCCACUGGAAACAGGUCAGGUUUACAGCACAAUUCAUUUAUUCAUUUACCGUUUAUGCAAGGUGUUUGUAAUGCAGAAUGGUCACGGGACAUUCAACAAAAGAGUCACCACCUAG